AAAAAGGAAUUGCUUCAGGUUCCAGAUUUCAAUACACUGCUUCCCUUCCAGAAGGAGGGCCAAGGUUCACAGCAAAAAAGAGGACGAAGAGCUUAAACAUAGCUUUCACAAUGCAGAAAUCGUUAAUAGUUUCAAUCUGUGUUCUUAACGCUCUGCUCCUUCCUUCAGGGAUGUUAAAAUGCGUUGUUGGCGAAGAAGGGUUCUGUUCUGCCGCACCUGCAUACACAGAUUCUAGCUCGCAACCUCUCUAUUGGAAAGUUACCAAUCCUACACUUUCCCCUGUUCACCUUCAAGACUUACCGGGUUUUACUCGUAGCAUGUAUAAGGGGGAUCAUGCUCUUAUUACUCCUGAAAGUCAUGUCUUCAGCCCCCUACCUGACUGGACUAAUACGCUAGGAGCAUAUCUGAUCACCCCGGCGAUGGGCUCACACUUUGUAAUGUACUUAGCAAAGAUGCAAGCAAAUUCAAAGUCAGGAUUACCUCCAAAAGAUGUCGAGAGGUUCCUAUUCGUGGUUCAGGGUAUGGUGACAUUAACAAAUAUGUCAGGGAUGAACCACAGGCUGGUGGUGGAUUCAUACGCAUAUCUUCCUGCUGGUUUUGAACAUUCUCUUAUGUCUAACACAUCAGCCACUCUGGUGGUAUUUGAGCGAAGGUAUGCUAAUCUGGAAAGUUUUAUCCCUGAGCCCGUUAUUGGUUCAACGGACAUGCAGCAACUUCUGGAGACUCCAGGAGAGGUUUUUGAGCUCAGGAAACUACUGCCUACCUCAGCUCCUUAUGACUUCAAUAUCCAUAUCAUGGAUUUCCAACCUGGAGAGUAUCUUUAUGUGAAGGAGGUCCAUUAUAAUCAGCAUGGCUUGUUGCUUUUAGAGGGACAAGGCAUCUAUCGCUUGGGUGAUUCCUGGUACCCUAUACAAACAGGUGAUGUAAUUUGGAUGGCACCAUUUGUUCCACAGUGGUAUGCAGCACUUGGUAAAACUCGGUCCCGAUAUUUGAUUUACAAGGAUGUAAACAGGAAUCCAUUGUAAAGUUUGCAAUCAG